AUGUUCUUUUCUCUAUUUGGGAGAAGUUUUGGGCAUUUCGUACAAGUUGUAAAGAAAGAUGUCGAUUUUCUCAAGAAGAAUAUCGGUGCAGGCAUCAAUUGGACGAGCGAAGCUCUUGGUUUACCGGAGAUUUCGAAAAAGGUAGAUGAGUUUGUUUGGUUACGGAACCUCGAAGAUCCCCACUAUUCUGGUGAAUUUCAGUCUCCUUCUUGGCCUCAGCCUUAUUAUCCAGGAAUAAUAUUUUGUUUCUAUAUGUUGUCAAUGAGUAGGUAUUGGUGUUUCAAGGUGGAGCAAGUUGGAAUCUCUAACCACAAAAGGGAGAUGAACUUUAUUUAUGUGAUUGGUGAAGAAGGAAUAUUGAUAGAGCUUGAGCUAGCAGGCUUUUCAUACCUCGGGGGUCCGGAAGAUGGUGGAAAAAAGAUAGAGCUCAAGCCUGGGUAUUUGAUGGAACAUGACAAAGAUGUUGGUGCUGUUGUGGUUGGAUUUGAUCGUUACUUUAACUACUACAAAGUUCAGUAUGGGACACUGUGUGUUCGUGAAAAUCCAGGGUGUCUUUUCUUUGCUAGAAACCGUGAUGCUGUAACUCAUCUUACAGAUGCACAAGAAUGGGCAGGUGGUGGUUCUAUGGUUGGGGCUCUUGUUGGAUCUACUCAACGUGAGCCACUUACUGUUGGGAAAUCUUCAACAUUCAUGAUGGAUUACUUGGCAAACAAAUUUGGAAUCACCAAGUCGCAGAUAUGUAUGGUUGGUGAUAGAUUAGACACUGAUAUUCUUUUUGGGCAAAAUGGUGGAUGCAAAACUCUUCUUGCUCUCUCAGGUGUAACAAGUCUAUCGAUGAAGGAGUUGUCCGGGAGAUAG